GUAAAUGGCGAGCUGUUGUAAAUGUGUGCUUCCUGAUUAUUAUUUAAAUGCGUGUCAUGUCAUUACAUGGGAAUCGGACCACUGUUUACUUUAAUGUAACAUCAGGUACAAGAAGACAUCCAAUGGAAUGAUAGCUAAGGUAUUGUAUUGAUUCAAUGAGUCAUUUCUUUCUUUGCAAUUCGGUACUUCCUUUUUUUUGAGCCUCUGGUUCUAUAUGGGCAAACUAGACAACAGAAAUAGCAGCUGUAAACGCAAAUUCUGAGAAGCAACGAUUAAGCUGAUGAGAAUGAAGUUCAAGUCUGCAUAUUCGUCGACAGCUGGAUCUGUGAUACCCUGUAUAUCCGGCAUAUCGGGGGCCCUCCUCUCUCUUCAAAUGAGGAAGUGAGAAUGAAAGACUGGACUUGUGAAAGAUGAACAAAAAAAUCGUCAGUAAAUGUGACACUUGUUGAAGAGUAGAUGCAAAACUCUUGAGGUCUUCACUGCUGGGCAGGAUGCAGAGUUGCCAGGCUUGGUGCCACGGCAAUAUAACUCGAUCCGAGACAGAGGAUCUCCUCUCCAAAGCAGGCAGAGAUGGAAGCUUCCUCAUUCGUGACAGUGAGUCCAUACAAGGAGCGUUUGCCCUGUGUGUUUUAUUCCAGAAAUGUGUGUACACAUACAGAAUCCUGUCGAAUGAGGACAAGAAGCUCUCAGUCCAGGCAUCAGAGGGAGUUCCUAUCAGGUUCUUCUCCAUGCUGCCAGAGCUGGUGGAGGCAUACCACAACCCCAACAUGGGCCUUGUUACGCACCUGCAGUACGCCAUCCAAAGAGAGGAGGAGCCAGAGGAGGAGCCAGAAUCCAACAAUCCUCCACCACAGCUUCCGCCGAGAAACCUCCCAGCCAUCGAGGUGAAAGAUGAUGACAUCAAAUCGUGUGAGCAAGGCCACAAAGGCCUGUCAGACACCUUCCUGAUGAGGCUGCAGCACAUGGACAUGUCAAUGAUAGUGGAGGAGCAACAAACGCUCAUUCUGGACUACUUCAGGACUUCAAUUUGUCUGGAUGCUGAACAAGUACAGAACGGGAACCUCAGCCUCCCUGGUCUCAAGAAGCUCACUGUGGCAAUCUGCAAGAACCUAAUAAGUGAAAUUUCCCGUGUCCUACCUGCUCUGGAGGUUUGCCAGAGAACAUUGGACCAGCAGCUCUCACCAGGGAUUGGACCACAUCCAAAACAAAUUUCUGCAGAUCCUGGCCACCCUGUGUCCUUCAGGCUUGAGCAACUGACUAAACUUCUCUACUCCAUAGAGGACAAGGUCAAGCAAGAAUCUCUUGGAAUUCCUACAAAGAUGUUUAUGAAAGUGGACGUGGAGGGCGGGAAGCUUCACUUCAAGAAGUUAAAGGAUGGACCCGACGACAAAUACUUUGUACACAAUAAAAUCCGGCAGUUGGUGAAAUCCCAGAAAAUGCAGGCCAAGCUCGUCAUCGUGGUGGAAACUGAGAAAGAGAAGAUCUUGCGCAAGGAGUUUGUCUUUGACAACGCAAAGAAAAGGGAAGGCUUCUGUCAGCUCCUUCAACAAAUGAAGAACAAACACUCGGAAAAACCCGAACCGGACAUGAUCACGGUCUUUAUCGGCACCUGGAACAUGGGAAAUGCCAGUCCCCCCCACAACACAAACUCCUGGUUCCAGUGCAAAGGCCAAGGCCAGACCCAGGAUGACACAGCUGAUCACAUCCCGCAUGAUAUUUAUGUCAUCGGGACCCAGGAGGACCCUCUGGGCGAGAGGGAGUGGGUGGACACGGUGAAAAGCGUCUUGAGGAACAUCACAAACAUCAGCUUCAAACAAGUAGCCAUCCACACGCUGUGGAAUAUCAGGAUCGUGGUGCUCGCCAAGCCCGAGCAUGAGAACAGGAUCUCGCACGUUUUCUCCGACAGCGUCAAGACGGGGAUAGCCAACACUUUGGGAAACAAGGGAGCGGUGGGCGUGUCUUUCAUGUUCAAUGGAACAUCCUUCGGAUUUGUCAACAGUCACUUGACGUCAGGAAGUGAGAAGAAACUCAGGCGUAACCAAAACUACUUGAACAUUUUGCGAUUUCUAAAUCUGGGCGAUAAGAAGCUGAAUCCGUUUGACAUCACCCAUCGCUUCACACACCUCUUCUGGCUGGGUGACCUCAACUACCGCCUUGACUUGCCAAAUACGGAAGCCGAGUACAUUGUGUCAAAGAUCAAGCAGCAGCAGUACCAGGACCUCCUCUGCAGAGACCAGCUCACCAUGGAGAGGAACGACCAAAAGGUCUUCUUGCACUUUGCCGAGGAGGAGAUCACAUUUGCGCCGACGUACCGCUUUGAACGCUACACACGAGACAAGUACGCCUACACAAAGGCCAAAGCCACUGGGACUAAAUAUAAUUUGCCGUCAUGGUGCGAUCGCAUCCUGUGGAAGUCCUACCCUCUGGUCCAUGUCGUCUGCCAGGCGUAUGGGUGUACUAACGACAUCAUGACAAGUGACCACUCACCAGUGUUUGCCUCGUUUGAAGUGGGAGUGGCCUCACAGUUUGUCUCUAAGCGAGAUCCAAACAGCGCACCUCAAGGUGGAAUACAGAUCAUGAACUGUAAAGCCACCCUGUUGACUAAGUCAAGGACAAAGUUCUUCAUUGAAUAUCACUCCAGCUGCUUGGAAAAAACUGUUCGGACAUGUGAAGGCGAGAACACGGAACACUCGGAUGGCUCCAUCAAAGUUUGGUUUGGCACCCAAGUCCAGCUCACUCCAAUCAUCUCGGACGCCGAGUACCUUUUGGACCAACACAUCCUCAUCUGUGUGAAGUCCACGGACUCGGACGAGUCGUACGGAGAGGGUUGUGUCGCACUCCGAGCUGCCCAGUUCUGCUACACCGAGUUCCAGGUAGCACUCACACACCACGGCGAGAACACGGGCGUCUUGACCGGCGGCAUUCAGCUGCACACCUCUGAAGGCAAACCCACUGAGAAGUUAUACGACUUCAUCAAAGUGGAGAGAGAUGACGCAAAGGGCAAAAGCAGCGAGCCAAACAAGACGUCGGCCGGCCAAGCGCACGCCAUAUCCAACCCGAGUUACAUGGAAGUGUCCUACAGGAGCGACAAUGUGGUCGCCAAGGGCUGGAGCUACAGCAUGCCGCCCAAAACCCUGCCCAUCGCCAGGCAGCCCAGUAAAGACACCAAGAAAAGCCCCACGGGCAAACCCGUAAAACCAGCGGAUGUGGAGGCGUCAGAGAUGUUUGACAAUCCGCUCUACGGAUCCACGCGGACAACUCCAAGCCAAGGCAAGGAUCAGGAGGCCUCACAGAAGAAUCACCUCAUGCCCCCGGACCCCAUGUUUGGACCAAAGCCACCAGAGGGCCACCCGGUGCCCACCCCUCGCAGCCGGUCCUUCACCUGCUCCGAGUCCAAACCACCUCCCCCGGCCGCCGUGGCCCAGCACAAGAAGCCGGUGGUGCCGUCACGCUCGCAGGGCUGCAUGCCGACCGGCCGGCCGCCGCUACCCGCCAAGGCUCGCCCGGGCCCUGCGGAGCUGCAGGCACCCAAACCCAGAGACUACAGGGACAGCUCAGAACUCCCCGGCAAGCAGCAAGCGCCAGCGAGGCCCGGACUGACACAGUCCCAAAAGGACCCGCAUCCUGCCGUUUCCAAAGCAAGCCAUUCUGUAAAGUAAAGAUCAGCGCAGAUGAUGCAGCUUCCAGUCUUCUCUCCUCUGAUGUGAUCAAUGUAUUUCUGGGCCUUUCCACUGAAGCGGUGCUGUUUGCUUGUGGUAAAUCUGAAUAAACUUCAAAUUCUGUCUCAUAUCUGAUAACACACACAUUGGCCGACUCAAAAUGUGUAUCGGCUCAUCUCAGGCAAUAUUAUUAUUCUAUUAUUAUAAUAUGGAUAUUAUUAUUUCAUUUUUGUUUGUGUUUUCUAAGCCAAGAUGACUCAUUGAAGUAGCAGGACUGAAUGUUACUUUUGGCUUUUCCAUUUAAAUGAUGCAACUUCCUGUGGGCCAUGUGAUUUAGUAUUCCAAAUGUUUCAGAGGGGUUAAUGUGUCAGCGCAGGGGUGUCCAAUUUGUGGGGCGCGGCACAUUCUAAAAAUAUAUUUUAACAAGGAAUCUAAACCCAAAGAAACAACAGCAAAAAUGGAAACAUCUGCAGUAAUUUUACAAGAAUAAAGUCAAAAUAUUAAGAGAAAAAAAAAGGAUGUAUUGAAACCGUUGUAAUUUUACAAGAAUAAUGUAUUUUUUUUUUAUUUUAUGAGGAAAAAUAACGUUAUUUUAGUAGCAUAAUGUGGAAAUAUUAUUAUUUUUUUUAAGUCAUAAACAAACAACAAAUAAAGUUCAAAUUUUUGGAAAAUUAGGUUGUGGAAAAAGCUAUGUUACAAGAAAAAAGUCAAAAUAAUAUGGGAAUAAAGUUAUAAUAUUAUAAGAAGAAAAUUUACAAGAAGAAAGUUGAAAUAGUUGGAAAAAAAACAGUAGCAAUGAGAAAAACAAUUUUACUGUUAAUAAUUUUACAAAAGUAAAGUCAAAAUAUGAUGAGAAGGAAGUCAUUUUCUGACAAGACGUUGUAAUUUUACAAAAAUACAUUAAUAAUAUGAGGAAAAAUAAUGUAAUUUUAGUACCAUGGAGUUGCAAUAUUAAAGCAAAAAUACAUUUGUUUUUUUAGUGGCAAUAUGAGAAACCAACAAAAUAAAGUUGCAAUUUAUAAGAAUGAAGUCAUAAUAUCACAAGAAGAAAAUAUAAAUAUUUGCAAAAUGUAAAAGAAAAAUUCAAACCUGGGGAAAAAAAGAGCAAAGAGUGAAGUUCAUGCUAAUAAUGCGCUUUUGCCCCAUAUCACAAAGCUGAGUUGCAGUUUUUUCUUGACAUAUAUAUAACUUCUUAGCAUAUCUUUACAAAAUAUCAGUAAAGUUGCAUCCUUUCAUUUUUCAGUAUGUGGCCCUCGCUGGAAAAUGUUUGGGCACCCCUGUGUUAGAGACUGACGGGACACGAUUCAAGUGAAUUUCAACUAAAUUGUUCUUGUUUUUUUUAAGAAAAAUAAGGCGUAAGUAAAUAGGAGUAACACAAAUAUGUUAAAUAUAUAAAUAAGUCUAAUUUUAGGAAGCGGGGACAGGCCACAAAUGUUAUAUUUCCAGUUUUCAAGGUAGUUUAAAUUAAACGGCAUAACUUGUCUUUAUUAAAUAUGCAAUCAAAUCAAUGUGCAGGACACUUUUGCCGAAUAAAAACAAAUAUUUUACAGUUCAUUUUAUUGUGCUUUUUUACAUUAUAUUUCCUGCGGAUGCAAAUGGCACCGAUUUGUAGAAUGGCCCUUCUCUGCUCACUGAAAUCAUAAAAAAAGACUUUUAUUUCUUCACACUCCACUGCUGAAUGAUAUCCCAAUGAGGUCUUGCACGAGUGAUACUGUGUGUUUGAGAUGAUUAUUGCUGCAAUAAAUUUAACUACAAGA